GGGGCUGGGACUGGGUGAGAGGCAAAGAACCCGCGCCAUCCCCCGGAGCCUCCCCAGAGCUGGCCGCGCAGGAUGGGCGCCCUCAGGGCCACGCUGCUGCCGCCGUCGCCGCCGCUGCUGCUGCUAAUGCUAGGAAUGGGAUGCUGGGCCCGGGAGGUGCUGGUCCCUGAGGGGCCCUUGUACCGCGUGGCUGGAACAGCUGUCUCCAUCUCCUGCAAUGUGACUGAAUAUGAGGGCCCUGCCCAGCAGAACUUUGAGUGGUUCCUGUACAGGCCUGAGGCCCCGGAUACUCCUCUCAGUAUUGUCAGUACGAAGGAUGCCCAGUUCUCCUACGCGAUCUUCAAGCCCCGAGUGCUGGCGGGUGAGGUGCAGGUGCAGCGCCUACAAGGGGACGCCUCGGUGCUCAAGAUUGCCCGCCUGCAGGCCCAGGAUGCUGGCAUUUAUGAGUGCCACACCCCCUCCACUGAUACCCGCUACCUGGGCAGCUACAGCAGCAAGGUGGAGCUGAGAGUUCUUCCAGAUGUCCUACAGGUGUCUGCUGCCCCCCCAGGACCCCGAGGCCGCCAGGCCCCAACCUCACCCCCACGCCUGACGGUGCAUGAGGGGCAGGAGCUGGCACUGGGCUGCCUAGCGAGGACAAGCACACAGAAGCACACACACCUGGCAGUGUCCUUUGGGCGAUCUGUGCCUGAGGUGCCAGUUGGGCGAGCAACUCUGCAGGAAGUGGUGGGAAUCCGGUCAGACUUGGCCGUGGAGGCCGGAGCUCCCUAUGCUGAGCGACUGGCUGCAGGGGAGCUUCGUCUGGGUAAGGAAGGGAGUGAUCGGUACCGCAUGGUAGUAGGAGGUGCCCAGGCAGGGGACGCAGGCACCUACCACUGCACUGCCGCUGAGUGGAUUCAGGAUCCUGAUGGCAGCUGGGCCCAGAUCGCAGAGAAAAGGACUGUCCUGGCCCACGUGGACGUGCAGACGCUGUCCAGCCAGCUGGCAGUGACAGUGGGACCUGGCGAACGUCGGAUCGGCCCAGGGGAGCCCUUGGAACUGCUGUGCAAUGUGUCAGGGGCACUCCCCCCCGCAGGCCGUCAUGCUGCAUACUCUGUGGGUUGGGAGAUGGCACCUGCGGGGGCACCGGGGCCUGGCCGCUUGGUAGCCCAGCUAGACACAGAGGGUGUGGGCAGCCUGGGCCCUGGCUAUGAGGGCCGACACAUCGCCAUGGAGAAGGUGGCAUCCAGAACAUACCGGCUGCGGCUAGAGGCUGCCAGGCCUGGUGAUGCGGGCACCUACCGCUGCCUCGCCAAAGCCUAUGUUCGCGGGUCUGGGACCCGGCUUCGUGAAGCAGCCAGUGCCCGUUCCCGGCCUCUCCCUGUGCACGUGCGGGAGGAAGGUGUGGUGCUAGAGGCUGUGGCGUGGCUAGCAGGAGGCACAGUGUACCGGGGGGAGACUGCCUCCCUGCUGUGCAACAUCUCUGUGCGGGGUGGACCCCCAGGACUGCGGCUGGCUGCCAGCUGGUGGGUGGAGCGAUCAGAGGAUGGAGAGCUCAGCUCUGUCCCUGCCCAGCUGGUGGGUGGUGUGGGCCAGGAUGGUGUGGCAGAGCUGGGAGUCCGGCCCGGAGGAGGCCCUGUCAGCGUGGAGCUGGUGGGGCCCCGAAGCCAUCGGCUGAGACUACACAGCUUGGGGCCUGAGGAUGAAGGUGUGUACCACUGCGCCCCCAGCGCCUGGGUGCAGCAUGCCGACUACAGCUGGUACCAAGCGGGCAGUGCCCGCUCAGGGCCUGUCACAGUCUACCCCUACAUGCAUGCCCUGGACACCCUAUUUGUGCCUCUGCUGGUGGGUACAGCGGUGGCCCUGGUCACUGGUGCCACUGUCCUCGGUACCAUCACUUGCUGCUUCAUGAAGAGGCUUCGAAAACGGUGAUCUCUCACUCCCCAGGUCUUGCAGGUAUCGACUGUCUUCCAGCCCAGCUCCAAGCCCUCCUCUGGUUGCCUGGACACCCUCUCCCUGUUUCCAUUCUUCCUUUAAUUUAUUUGACCUCCCCCUACCCAGAAUGGGAGACACGGCUCCCCUUCCUCACUCCUUCCCUCCCAAGCCCUCCCUCUGGCCUUCUGUUCUUGAUCUCAUAGGCAUCCUAUAGGGAGACCAUUCCCUGUCCUGGAAUUAGUUUUUCUAAAAUGUGAAUAAACUUGUUUUAUAAAAAGUA